GACUUCUACUCCGAAGACCGCCAGGGGAGCCCUGCGAAUAGGGAAGAAUUCGUUAAAAACUUGAUUGACUUCCACCAUUCUGUUCGCAUUACCAAGCGUCUCAUAGCAGAGGAGAGCAAGGACCAUUCUUUUUGCUUAGAUUUUGAAGAGGUGGAAGGAGGGAAAAAUCAAAUUAAUUUGUUUGAAUGCCGCGGCGGUAAACUAACUCGGGUGUAUGCGUUCAGAGGGGUUCCUGAGGACGCAAAGCUGGUGUAUCACGACUACCUGAACGACCCCGAGGGUAAGGAGGUAUCCGCAGCAGCAGCAGCAGACGAGUGCAGCAGCAGCAGCAGCAAAGAGCAGCAGCGUGAGCAGCAGCAGCGAGAUAUAAGGAUGAUGAAUAAUAAAGAGACGGAGGCCUUGUGGUUUAGGCUGUAA